AAAAUACAAACAAUUUUUUAUUUUUUUUCAAAAAUAUCCCCAUAAAAACAGCAGAAACAAGAACAUAGGCCUCAAUCCUUAAAUCAGCACACUAACCAGACGUUCUCCCUGCCAUCAAAUCCGCAGCAAAAACUUCCUCGUAUCUUUUUUAGUCGUGUAAUUACUGGGUAUUUUGUUUAUCAUCAUCUACCUUUCUUCACGAUACGUCGAAACCCUAGACUCUUAGAUCUUUGCAGAUUAUACGUUUGUUAUGUGCAGUGCACAAUGGUGUUUUUGAGGGGUGUAUCAGCAUUAUCUAGGCUACGGUCCCGUGUUAGCCAACAAUCUAGUCUCAGCAACUCUGUCAGAUGGCUUCAAACGCAGAGCUCUUCUGAUCUUGAUCUUCAUUCACAGUUAAAGGAAUUGGUUCCAGAACAACAGGAGCGCCUGAAGAAACUGAAGGCAGAACAUGGAAAAGUGCAACUUGGGAAUAUUGCUGUUGAUAUGGUACUUGGAGGAAUGAGAGGAAUGACAGGGCUGCUUUGGGAAACCUCAUUACUUGACCCAGAUGAGGGAAUUCGCUUUAGGGGUCUGUCCAUUCCUGAGUGUCAAAAACUAUUACCAGCUGCAAAGCCUGACGGAGAACCUUUGCCUGAGGGUCUUUUAUGGCUUCUUUUGACCGGAAAGGUUCCGAGCAAAGCUCAGGUUGAUGCUUUAUCUCAGGAAUUGCGUAGCCGUGCUGUUGUUCCUGAUUAUGUGUUCAAGGCCAUUGAUGCUCUACCUGUCUCAGCUCAUCCAAUGACCCAGUUUGCAACUGGUGUUAUGGCACUCCAGGUUCAAAGUGAAUUUCAGAAAGCAUACGAGAAGGGAAUUCCAAAAUCAAAGUAUUGGGAGCCGACAUAUGAAGAUGCUCUUAGUUUGAUUGCUCGCGUGCCACUAGUAGCUUCGUACGUUUAUCGAAGGAUAUAUAAAGAUGGAAAUUUUAUUGCCAUGGACGACUCAUUGGAUUAUGGUGGAAAUUUUUCACACAUGUUGGGAUUCAAUAGUCCCCAGAUGCAAGAGCUUAUGAGGCUUUAUGUCACCAUUCAUAGUGAUCAUGAAGGUGGAAAUGUUAGUGCCCAUACUGGACACUUGGUGGGUAGUGCUCUUUCAGACCCUUAUCUUUCCUUUGCAGCUGCAUUGAAUGGGUUAGCUGGGCCACUCCAUGGUCUGGCUAAUCAGGAAGUGUUGCUUUGGAUCAAAUCUGUGGUAGAUGAGUGUGGAGAGAACAUAACCAAAGAACAGCUGAAAGACUAUGUCUGGAAAACACUAAACAGUGGCAAGGUUGUCCCUGGAUUUGGUCAUGGAGUGUUGCGUAAAACUGAUCCAAGAUACACUUGUCAAAGAGAGUUUGCAUUGAAGCACUUACCUGAUGAUCCGCUGUUCCAGCUGGUUUCUAAGCUUUAUGAAGUGGUGCCUCCUAUUCUUACUGAGUUAGGCAAGGUUAAAAAUCCGUGGCCCAAUGUUGAUGCACACAGUGGGGUGCUACUGAAUUAUUUUGGUUUAACUGAAGCAAGAUACUAUACUGUUCUUUUUGGUGUAUCAAGAAGUAUUGGAAUUUGCUCUCAGCUAAUAUGGGACCGAGCACUAGGAUUGCCCCUUGAAAGGCCAAAAAGUGUUACAAUGGAAUGGCUUGAAAAUUACUGCAAGAAAACGAAAGUAGCUUAAAAAUGUUGGUGCCUGAUAUCUUAAGAGUAAUAAUUGCUCACAAAGCUUGGGUUUUGUGAGUGGAGCAGCUAUUUACCAGAGUCAAUGCCAAGCUGUUUGGUUUGUAGCAAAUUGCUGGAAGGACUAGAAAAUGUUGAUUGUUUCAUACAGAAAAUUUGAAUUUCAACCCUCUUUUGGUCAUGAGCUUGUAGUAUUAUUUUCAGUUGGAUAAGAAUUUUGAUGAGCUAUUCCAAUAAAAUGUAAGUUUCAGGCUUGGACCUUAUGCAAUCAAUACUGCCGUUAAGUAGUUGUAAUUCAUGAUUUUAUUGUGUGGAGGCAUGAAAUUAUGUCUAA